AUGAAAAUCAGAUGCAUCACAAUCUUGUUUUGGACCCUCUCCAUGCUAUUAUUAUCAGAUGAAAGUCAGACUUCGGAAAUAGAAAUCAAAUGUAAUUUCACUGAAAAGAAUUAUUCUUUGAUUCCAGCUGAUAUUUAUAAAAAUGUUAGUAUACUUGAUCUCAGUUACAACCAAAUUUCUCUGAACGCUAAAGAUAUUAUGGUUCUACAGCAAUAUUUUUUACUCACUGAACUCUAUUUGAUUGAGAACAAUGUCUCUGUUUUAUAUAGUAAUAGCUUUGCUAAACUCUCCAACCUAAACAUUUUAAAUAUCUGUAAAAACUCCAUUCACUUAAUUAAACAGGAUGCAUUUGUAGGCUUAAACAAUCUGAAACAGCUACAUCUCUGCCAAAAUAAAAUAUUACAUUUGAAUCCUGACAUGUUUGUGUCUCUAAAAAAUCUGAUACUUCUAAAUCUGCAAGGCAACUUGAUAAGCUAUUUUGAUGUACCACCACGGUUUCAUCUGGAGUUAAUAAUUUUACAUGACAAUCCAUGGAACUGCUCUUGUAGUCUACUGAAUUUACAGAACUGGUUGAACACAUCAAAUGUGACAUUAGAAAAUGAGAACAUUACUGUGUGCAAUUACCCAGAUAUCCUGAAGAACUACAGUAUAAAAGCUGUACCUUAUAAGGCUGAAUGCUAUUCAAAGUUUCCUCCACUACUAAUAGAAGAUUUUUACAAUGAUUUUCAGUCCAUAAGCAAUUCAACAUUUAAUAGUUCUUUGAACAACUUAACAAAUUCAGAACAUGAACCUAUUGGAAAAAGUUGGUUUUUUCUUGUCAGUGUUGUGGUCACUGUAUUGCUCACUUCAUUCCUCAUUUUUAUUGCCAUCAAAUGUCCAGUGUGGUAUAAUUUUCUGCUUAGUUACAAUCAUCAACGCCUGGAAGAACAUGAAGUAGAAACCCAUGAAGACGGGCUUACCAGAAAUUCAAGUUAUCUUUCACAGGUAUCAAAUACAAACUCUGAAGACACUACAGUAAUAUUUGAACAGCUGCAUUCAUUUGUGGUAGAUGAUGAUGGAUUUAUUGAAGAUAAAUAUAUAGAUACUCAAGUAUUAUGUGAAGAUUAA